AUGCGCCAACCCUGUGGAUCAUGGCGUCGCUACCUGUGGGAAGGACAGCAACUCAAUGACACCGUCAUCAAAAACGUGCCCGAGGAUGCUGAUUUCUUCGAUCGUGCCCUUAUCAAGCAUAGGAAGUACAUAGCAUUCCUGGUGCCUUUUGCGAUUAUGCAGCUUAUUUGGUGGACGACUGCGUUCCGUUUCAACUGGUUCGAUCUCUAUGAAACGCGUUGGCAGAUGCCUGUCGUCAUGUUUUUUGGGUCGACCAUCGCAGGCAUGACCAGCGAAGGCGGUGGCGCUGUGGCAUUUCCUGUGAUGACACUGCUACUUCAAAUCGAUCCCAUAACAGCUCGUGACUUUUCGCUAAUCAUACAAUCAGCCGGGAUGACCUGCGCUAUGUGUGUUGUGCUGAUCAUGCAGAUACAAAUCGAAAAGCGGGCCAUUGUGUUUGGAACACUGGGAUCCGUUCCAGGCCUCGUAAUUGGAUCAAUUUUCUUGGAUGCCUACCUAUCUGCCGCACAAAAGAAGAUGCUCUUCGUCUCCAUUUGGUCUUCUUUCGCUAUUGCAUUAUUCAUUCUGAAUUCUCAGCAUAAACGACGGACUUAUGACAUCAUUCCCGAUUUCUCAGCCUGGAAAGCAAUAGUUUUGAUCAUGACUGGAUUCGUUGGAGGUGCAUUCACCGCAUUUGCCGGCUCUGGUGUAGACAUUUGCACUUUCUCCAUAAUCACCUUAUUGUUUCGUGUGUCCGAGAAGACUGCUACACCUACAUCGGUCGUGCUUAUGGGGAUCAACACAAUGGUUGGCGUAUAUUGGCGUGCAGUGUGGGAAGGGAAUGUUCCACCGCUGGCAUGGGAAUAUGCGGCCGUCCUAGCUGGAUUCAUAUACGUCUUGGAAGCUGCUUCUCUAGUAGGAUUUCUCCUAACAAAGCCAUCACCAAUCCUCAUUUUACAAGGAUCAUUCAUAAUUCUGAUGGCCUUCACGUUCUUCACAUUCAUUGCUCAAAUAGGACAACGAAUCAUCAAAGAUGUCGACAAAGAGGUAAUCUGUUCAGAAUUGAAGAAAGAGGAAAGAGAAAGCGAAGGAAUGAUGAGUAAUGGAAGGGAAAACUUGCAAAAGAAGAGGAAAACUCGUGAAAGUGGCCAUGAAGAAAUAUAUCACGAUAGAGCAGGCGAUUAUGGGCUUUAA